AUGGUCAGCCCCGCGCGCAUCGACCCCUUCUACACCCCCCGCCAAAACACCCCAACCAUCAAGCCCCCCGCCGCCCUCCCCGCCAUCGUCCUCCCCGCUGAAGGCGUCUUCAGCGUCAGUUUUGUCGAUCCCAGUCCUACGCCCACUCCUACGCCCACACCCACACCAACCCCUCCACCGCCGCCUCCUGUACAGGCGAAAAAAGACACCGCACAGCCCGCGCAGAAACGGAAAAGGGCCCCUGUGGCUAGUCGGAAAGCGGGUACGGCUACGGCUACGGCUACGGCCACAAGUACAAGCACAGAAGCACCGCCCAAGAAGCGGCGCGAGUCACACUCCAUCACCGCACCCACAACCACAACCGCCGCCGUCGGCGCCAGCGCGAGCGCAGAGUCCGCCUUCACCGCGGCCGCGGCCGCUGUGGGCAUCAGCGCCGUGGCCUCCGCUGGCACGAGUACCAUCAGUGCCGUCACCGCCACUGCCUCUUUACCCACCCCCACCACCCCCACUAGCACCACCCCGACUACCCUCACCCUCACCACCACCACCACCACCCCCCACCCCCUCCAACACAUCCCCCUAAUCGACCUCUACCGCGCGCACUUACACCCACCCCCCACCCGCGGCAUGAGCAUCCUGCACACAAAGCUGCCCUACAUCGGCGAGCGCACGCUGCUCGACCUCGACCUGUCCGGCAGCGAGGCCGACGGCGUGAUGGGUGUUCCUGAGAUGCGAGGUCUCGUGGACAGCCGGGAUGGAGGUACGUUGUGGAGAAGAUUGGAGAGUGUGGUGAGGGAUGGGGAGGUGGGGGGCGUUUGCCGGAGGGUGGUGAGGUUUGUUGAGUGGUCUUAG